GGAUGAAUUAAACAUGCCUCGGGAAAGAAGAAGAAGAGGAGGAGGAGGAGAGUGCCGGAAACUUAGGGGCUCAACCAGGCGUGGGGAGAAAGCUGCGGCCACUGUGCGGGAGUGAAGCAGCCUGGCUAGAAGUGAACAGUCUGAGUACAGCGGCGGCACAGCAGAGCGAAAUCCAGGCGCGGCGCGGACACCAAGCAGGCACUCCGACUCACUGCCACCCAGCACGCGCCGCGCUCACUUCAAAGACUCGCUAGGCCUUUUCACCAUUUGCCUCUCAGGAUCAUGUAAAGAGUGACCCUAAACAAAAGUGAGCUCCGUCAAGUUUAUCUAAGCUCUCGUUAAUAACUAUAAUACUACCUUGAAUUAUUAGUGUUUGUCUAACUUUGUACAAAGAAAAGAAAGUUGUCCUAUUAUAUUCGAACUGAAAAGGAAAGAACGCAGAGUUAUUAAAAGGAACAACAUACUGUGAAUUCUACUACCAGUGCCAAUUAAGGAGUGAAUUUGUCGAUGAGGUUUCUUCGACCAAAUCUCACUAACGGGAGGUGAUGGCCGCUGCGGAUAUGUAGUUACUGUUGCUGUUGUUGCUGCUGCUGCUGCUCACCGGGGCCGCGAUAUGUGGUUUGUGGGGAAGGUGUUCGUGGCGGGCCUGCUGAUGGUCGGCGGGCCAGGGGUGUGGGCAGCACGCGAGAGAGACGCAGCCACAUCCCAUGGAAGCUCUUCUGAGGAAGCAAGUGAUGCCUGGACUGACCAAGAGGCCACGGAGAGCCUAAAGAGCUUCUUCUCAAUCAACCAACCCCGACAACAGGGAGGCCGAUCACAAUGGGCGCCGCCGCCCUGGGGUCGUCCAGCAGAGCCGCGCCCCAACCUCCCGUGGCACACCGCUCCCAGGACCCCGCCGACCACCACACGUCGGCCGCCCAAAUACAGCUUGCGUCUGAGUCCCUUCCAGGGACUUACCCCUUCGAGAGUGAGGUGCGGGGUGACAGCUACCACUCCCGCAUCAGAUUCCAUCACAUGGCCAACAACGCCAAGCUGAACCAUCCCCCCAGAGGCCAGACCUUCGGCAACUGGGGCUUCCCAAAGUUCUCACAUGAUGGCAGGGAUUCGCACUCUCAUGAACACGAUUCCCAACACACAGACACAUUUUAUGACAAUUCCCAAGAGAUAGGCACUUCAAUUCGUGGAUCUCACGAGACAAGAGAUUCUCUUGGACCCACAGGAGCAUCGCCACCACGCCCCGGCAGGUCACAUUACCAACAACAGCCUGUGAGAGAAGGUACACUGGAAACAUUACCUUAUCCUGACGAUUACCCAGACACAUUCCCUGAGACAGAAGCUCCUCAACCCACGCACACGCACUCUGACAACCACAAAAAUGUACAAAUUUCACAACAGCUUCCCGACCCACUCCAUCAGCCCCAUGACAGCUCGGGGAGUGAGCCGUCUCUGGAAGUGAAUGAACGAGCACCUCCCCAGGACUCCCAGGCAGCAAAACCUUUCCUGCAACCAGGUAACAUGGACACACUUUUGGAAGGAAGUCAACUGGAAGACGAUAAGUUCGGAGGCAACACAAGCCUCGACUACCUGGACGAUGAUAAACCUAUCACCAGUGAGUCACCUGGCGAAGAUCAACCUGACACCUCACACCAUCUGCCAGACUCGUCCCAUCGUGGUCCUGAAGCUCCAGUCUCGACAGCAGCACGUGAAGAUGCAACAACUGAGGAUGAAGUAGCUUUUUCUUCCCCUGUCUUGCCUAACGAUAACUUCCAUGACUAUGUUGAUCCCAGUUUUGGCCACACAUCCCCAAGGACGUCAAGCGAGACCACACGACUGCCAAAUAAACCACAAGCCUCAGAAAACCUCACACCCACUAGCCCAGACGAUUACACCUCUGACUAUUACGACAAUCUGUACGAUGAGUUUUUGGAUUUGUAUUACGAUGAUCAAGAACAACAACAGCAACAAGAAAACCAACAACAUCAACAACACCAGCAACAGAACAAUCAAUACUCACACCAACAAGAGAACAAGCAACUCCCACACCAGAAACAGAGCCAGCAACACCCACACCCUCAGGAACAACAGCAUCACCAGCAGCCCAAUCAGGAUGAACAGCACCACCAGCAGCAUGAAGAGCCUGUCGGGCCGCGCUUCCCUCCUGUGCUGGAAGUGUUACAACCAGCAGACAAAGUUCCCACGAUCGCUGCCUCGCCGCCGCCACCUUCCUUAUCAUCCACUCCAUCCGCGACAUUUUUGCAGUCCACAACAGGCACCACAUCAGCACCGCUCGGUGAGACAUCAGCGUCUACAUCACCACCGAGAGAUACACACACACAGACAUCACCAGACACCAUACACAUCACCACAUCCACACGUCCAUCAAAUGACAAAUUAACCACUGCCGAGACACCUGCCGCAACAAGUACAACCACCCCUACCACCACCACCACUACUUCUACAGAACCACCAACAACCACAUCACCACCACCACUCACAACUACAACAGUAGCUUCCACAACUACACCUACAACCACCACUACAACAAGUACUACAAGCACCACAACUUCACCAACCACAAGCAUCACAACCACAUCUAGCACAACCACCACAACCAUAAGGCCACAAGACACCACAACAGAAGUUACCACCACUACCACUGCAGGAACCCGCGGGAGGCAACGGGACGGCAGCUCGAGGGCAGGAGCAGGCAGGGCACAAGGAAGAGCCAUCAGCCUGUCCGAGGUCCUUCAGGGGUUGGGUCUGGGGCUUCCGCAGUUCCUGGUGGCCCUGAAGACACACGGUCUCACCCUUAAAGACUUCACAUCCAAAGUUCAGGACCAAGGGCUCACGCAGUCGCAGUUCAGGAAGGUGAAGGGCAACUUGACAACUCUUAUCUCUUUCCUGAAGGAGGGAGAAGAGGAGGAAGAGGCUGUGGAGGAGGUGGAAACAAAAGAGACGGGGAAAGAGGAAGAAUCGGAGACUGAGAGCGGAGAGAAGCAAAAUGGAGAGAGGAAAGCCCCCACCAUUCCUUACUGGCUCACUUCUAAACCACCAUGGCCGACAACUACCACCACCACUACAACCACAACCACUACUACCACUACACCAACCACCACCACUACCACAACUACUCCAGUACCCUCGCAGCCUCCGAAGAUAUUUGGCUUCCAACCUGGUGGACAAUCAAAAUUUUCAGAGGGGCAAAGAGCUGGCAAUAAGUCUGUGUCCGGAGAUGAAACAGAAGAGGGAGGAGCAGGACAACAAGAAGCAGGAGGUGAAGAGGCAAAGGAAGGAGCACCAAUCCCCAUCAAGCUUGACCUCGCCUCAGUCAUGCGGGAAAAGGGCCUGACCGCCUCGGAUAUCCUGCACGACUUAGGUUCCCUCUUCACAGUGGCUGACGACGAUGACAAUAACAAGACUGCUGGGACGGGAAAGAAAACGACUCCAACCAGCAUCGCAGCAGCAGAGGAAGGAAACACCACCACCAUAUCUACCCCACCUGAACCAGAUUCCGCAUCGCCUCCCUCUAGCCCCGUGUCCCUCAAGCCCUACAUCCCGCCAAGGACUCCCCAGAGGUUCCGACCACGUCCGUACCGGCCCCAGGGAGGGCUGCUGGAUGGAGGAUCUGGCCGCCAAAUCGUCACCAACCGACACCACACCACCACGCGCACCACACUCUUCCCGCCGUACGUGCCUCCCUCUACUACCCCGUACACCUACUCCGCCACCCAAGAGGAGGACGCCUCGGACACAGAGACGCGUCCUUCUGAACGUAACAAGAACUUUAACCGCUACGCCUUCGAGGACUACCACGACGACCCACCAGGCCCACACAUCACCCUCAACAUGACCAAGAGUGCGAUCAUGGCAGCCUCUGUGAUGGGCGGGGCGGCCAUGUGUGUGUUCCUGGCCAUCCUGGUGGUGGUAAUGUACCGAGGGCGUGUCAGGCUCCGUCGCACGCCCCUCGCUCUGGGCAGUGACUCUUCCACGUCCUCCACGCCGCCUCUGUAUGUGCCCCGCAUGAGAGCCAGUAUGGGAAAGGGGCCGCGCCAGACUGCAGGGUUCUGGGGGACACUCAAGAAGAGAUUCGAUCCUUAUUCCCACACUUCUUCCCUUAGCGCCAUAAGCUGAGUCACACACACACACACACACACACACACACACACACACACACACACACACACACACACACACACACACACACACACACACACACACAGGAAAGAAUAGUUAGGCAGUAGUUUCUUCCCCCUGUUUCAGUCUGUGUUCAGGCAUCCAGUCUCAGCCAACCCACGUCACCCCGCCAGCAGGUCCCGGCGAGGCUUGCACGUGACCAGUAUAUAACCACUAUUACGCCAGAGAGAGAGAGAGAGAGAGAGAGAGAGAGAGAGAGAGAGAGAGAGAGAGAGAGAGAGAGAGAGAGAGAGAGAGAGAGAGAGAGAGAGAGAGAGAGAGAGAGAGAGAGAGAGAGAGAGAGAGAGAGAGAGAGAGAGAGAGAGAGAGAGAGAGAAUCUGUGUUAACUGGCGUCGUGGGAGAUGUAUAGAUAACUAAGACUCUAGGAAGAGAUACUGUACGUACGUAUGUUCUAUGGAUAAGCAGAAACCUUGUUAUUGUAUUUAUUGUUGAAUAAAAAUUAAUGAUA